UGCAGACUGUAUUUACAUACGUGUUUUCAUCAAAUAUUUUUAUUUUGAUAUGUAUUAUAAUGAAUAACGAGUGUUAAAUGUAAUAAACGAUAAUGUCGAGCCGUCGUUCCAUGCUCGGUUCGGCUCUGGACUCGUUACCUGCUGCCACGGACCCUCUGAGAGAAUUAUUCGAAGCUUGCAAAACUGGGGAUGCUGCUCGAGUUAAGAAAUUAAUAUCACCACAAACAGUUAAUGCUAGAGAUACUGCUGGUCGGAAAUCAACGCCUUUACACUUUGCUGCAGGAUAUGGUCGUCGCGAGGUUGUGGAGAUAUUGAUAUCUGGAGGCGCAGCUCUCCAAGCAAGAGAUGAAGGUGGCUUGCAGCCGCUGCACAAUGCCUGCUCGUUUGGACAUGCUGAUGUGGUUCGGGCGUUACUGGCUGCUGGGGCGCCGCCGGCUGCGAGAGACAACUGGGGGUAUACUCCCCUUCACGAAGCCGCUGCUAAGGGGAAGGUGGACGUCUGCAUAGCAUUGCUGCAACACGGAGCUGAUCCGAACAUCAGGAACACGGAGGGGAAAACUCCUCUGGACUUGGCCGACACAGCAACUCGACCUGUUCUAACUGGUGAAUACUGCGCGGCAGACGUUCUGGAAGCUGCACGGUCUGGUGCCGACGACCGCCUGGCGUCACUCCUCACGCCGCUGAACGUGAACGUCCACGCGAGCGAUGGCCGACGGUCUACCGCCUUACACCUGGCAGCUGGAUACAACAGGGCCCGGGCUGUGAGGCUACUGCUGCAGCGUGGAGCUGACGUGCAUGCCAAGGAUAAAGGUGGUCUGGUGCCUCUUCACAACGCGUGCUCGUACGGCCACUACGAGGUGACCGAGUUGCUGGUGCGAGCUGGUGCCGACGUGAACGCGACAGACCUGUGGGCCUUCACGCCGCUCCACGAGGCCGCUAGCAAGGCCAGACUUGAGGUAUGUUCGCUGCUGCUCAGCGAGGGUGCUGAUGCCACCCUCCUGAACUGUCACGGCAAGUCGGCCCUGGAUGUGGCGCUCACCAGGGAUCUCCGGGACAGGCUGGCGUUCGAGUACCGCGGCAACUGUCUGCUAGAGGCGUGUCGGCUUGCAGAGCCCGCUCGCGUCAAGAAACACCUGUCAUCACUCAACCACAACCAGGAUACGGCGUCGAUACACAGUGGACAGUCAGGUUCCGGUUCGAUGCCCAGUGAUAAGGUGGUGGAGCUAGUGAACUACCAGCACCUGGGCACCGGAGACAGGCCUCUGCACUGCGCGGCUGCCAGUCUCUAUCCGAAGCGGAAGCAGGUUAUGGAGAUGUUGCUGAGGAAAGGAGCGCGCGUCAACGAGAAGAACAAGGAGGGACAGACGCCGCUGCACGUGGCGACGGAACACUCUCACCUGGACGCCAUGGAUCUAUUGCUGCGGCACGGUGCCAAAGUGAACGCUUGCGACGCGCGCGGUGAGACCGCCUUGUCUCUGGCGGCCAGGCGCGACUCGGGCGCCGCCUGCCGGCUGCUACUGGCGUGUGGGGCGGAGACCUUGGACAACCAACACGCGCACGAUGCUUGUGCCAAUGCAGCGGCUCUACGACUGUUGGAGGCGGCUCGUACCGGAGACGUGGAGACCUCCCGGGCUAUCCUGGACACCAGGCCGCGGCUGGUCAACUGUCGGGAUGUUGAUGGUCGACACUCCACACCGCUGCAUUUCGCUGCUGGAUAUAACAGAUUGCCGCUUGCUCAGUUACUGCUGCAGCGGGGAGCUGAUGUCCAUGCCAAGGAUAAAGGUGGUCUGGUGCCUCUUCACAAUGCGUGCUCGUACGGCCACUACGAGGUGACUGAACUGCUGGUGUCUGCUGGAGCUGGGGUGAACGCGGCAGACCUGUGGAGGUUCACGCCGCUGCAUGAAGCUGCCGCCAAGGGAAAGGCGGACAUCGUCAGGCUUUUGCUUAAGCAUGGCGCAGAUCCGACGCGUCGUAACCGCGACGGGUUGACGCCGCUGCAGUUGGUGCGGGCGGGCGACAGUGACACGGCGGACGCGUUGCGCGGCGACGCGGCGCUACUUGACGCGGCCAAACGCGGCGAUCUUGCUCGUGCUCGUAAACUAAUAACACCGCAAAAUGUGAACUGUCGCGACGCGCACGGAAGAAACUCAACACCUCUGCACUUAGCUGCUGGCUACAACAACCUGGAGGUAGCCGAGGCUCUGCUGGAGGCCGGCGCGGCAGUGUCAGCUCGCGACAAGGGUGGGCUGGUGCCGCUCCACAACGCGGCGUCGUACGGACACCUGGAGGUGGCGGCGCUACUGCUGCGAGCUGGUACUCCGCCCAACGCCGCCGACCGCUGGGGCUUCACGCCGCUGCACGAAGCCGCGCAUAAAGCCAGAACUCAACUGUGCUCGCUGCUGUUGGCGCAUGGUGCCGACCCGUUCCUGAAGAACCAGGAGGGACAGACGGCGCUGGAGCUGGCCGGAGCUGAGGACGUGCGCUGCCUGCUGCAGGACGCCAUGACGGGUGCGGCGGGGGGCGGGGCCGACACCCCGUCGCCUCUUACUGCGCCCGCCUCGCUGCUGCCGCCGCCGCACCUGCCCGUGCUGCUGCCCAGUGGAGAUACUGUCCCCCUCCCGCUGCCGGUGACAGCUAGCAGUUACUGGUCGGAAGGUGCACGGGGAAGCCUGGAAGAUGCGGCCGGAAGACCUGCAUCAGCACUCUCCACCUGUGAUACUCUUCACACCUUCCUCCUCAGUAUCGGGCUUGAGCAGUUGGCGCCAGUGCUGGAGCGGGAGCAGAUCACGGUGGACAUCCUGUCGGAGAUGUCGCAGGAGGAUCUGCGUGCGGUGGGUGUCGCGGCCUACGGACACCGCCACCGGCUGCUGAAGGCCGCCAGGCAGAGUCUGCAGUCGCAGUCAGAAUGGUACGGCGGCACUACCCUGGUAGACGUGACGCCGGAUCGGGGAGAGGAGUGCGCAGGAGGCAGCAGCUCCUGUGAGUACACCAUCGUGGAGAGGGAGAUGCAGGCCUCCGUGAAGGCGCAUCGGGACAACGCGGGAGGAAACUUCACAAGAUACAACGUGGUCAGGAUACAGAAGAUAGUGAACGGUCGCUUGUGGGAGCGAUACACGCGGCGGCGCGGUGAGGUGUGCGAGGAGGCGGGGGGAGGGGCGGCAGGAGCGGGUGAACGGCUUCUGUUCCACGGCUCGCCCUUCAUCAACGCCAUCGUGCAGAAGGGCUUCGACGAGCGACACGCCUACAUCGGCGGUAUGUUCGGCGCGGGGAUCUACUUCGCGGAGCACUCGUCCAAGAGCAACCAGUACGUGUACGGGUACGGGGGCGGGUCUGGUUGCCCCGCCCACAAGGACCGCAGCUGCUACCUCUGUCACAGACAAAUGCUGCUGUGCCGCGUGACACUGGGCCGCGCCUUCCAAGUCCUGAGUGCCAUGAAGAUGGCCCACGCGCCGCCCGGACACCACAGCGUGGCCGGCAAGCCCAGCUCCGGCGGCCUGUGCUACCCGGAGUACGUGGUGUACCGCGGGGAGCAGGCGUAUCCCGAGUAUUUGAUAACGUAUCAAAUCGUGUGCGAGGAGGAAUCGCCUGGCGAUGUGUAGAUUGUGAUGUGGUAGUGACACUCCACAGUGUGUUCUCAAAAUUGUGCGCCAGAUGACGUGUCAGGAACACGACAUUAAGGCAGGCGUCGACUGCGAUAUUAAGGCAGGCGUCGACUGCAACCGAAACGCAUCGAGUCGAAGCGAGUUGGGUCGAAAUACAUUUACUCCUUCUGUGUACAAAUAAGUCGAAUCGAGUCUUUCAUUCAUCACAACUGGUCUUUGUUGGAUCGUGGACGUAGCUUGGAUACAGAAAUGCUUUUAUAUCACAGUAUCUUAAAAUAGUCAACAACAUAAUUUAAUGCAUUUGUAAUUGCAAAUCUUCUUAGAUCAUAUGUACGUCUGGAUAGACUGUGACAGCUGUGAAAACGUCGAAUUAAAAUAGAGGUUGACAGUUAACCUCUAUUUUGAGCAAUCCACGCACACUAACACAAAGUGACACACAAAUCGUGAGUGUAAGACGUAGGUUGUCGAUGCAAGACAUUUUGAAUUGAUUAGACCAACUAUUACUACGAAGCCCGCGUCAAACAAUUUUUUCCUAUCCAAUCUACUUAUCAAAAUGUCAGGCUGGACCUGACGUUCACUGUCAAGUCACUAAGAUGGCGGCGGGUCCCCCUCUCAAAUUGCGGGGACUUUACAUAUUAUUAUAUUAUAUCUUAUUUGCUAGACUAAUUUAUGGCCACUGUCACAGAAAAACAUUAUACAUAAUACUGGUAGCUAUCUUUCAUCAUUAUCACAGCCGAAAGACAUUUACUGCUGGAUAAAGCCUCCCCAAAAAGAUUUCCACCGCUUUUGGUCCUCGUUAAAUCGUAGUAUUGUAUUAUACUAACCCUCUUAUUCAUAAGUCUGCUAACUUAAAGCAUUGAUAAUUCUCACUCUGUCUUUUUCUAUUGACCUAAGUCAGAAUGAGAAAAAAAACUCCUUAGCGGCUGUUUAAAGUACCUAGUCUGGAGGAUAAGAAGUAGAAAUUUCUGUGUUAAUUUCUCGAGGUAAUGCAUUAGCUAGUGGUUUAAUAUUCAAAAUAUUAAGGAACUAAUGCCGUGCGUGGGCUGACUGUUUAAUACUUGUCAAUCAAAAUCAGUUACACUAAUUAUAGAUUCUCUUUCCUUUUCUUUAUUACCGUUAGAUAUUCUUCUCUAAGUAAGUCUUUGUUUCGGACAAAUGCUUCGGUGAUGAAAAACCGUUAUAAACCGGUCCAGUCAAACAACUUAAAACCGUAAAAUAGUCCUUAAAGUUAGAACAAAAGCAAGUAUAUGUUGAAAGACGUUAUGUGGUCUUAACUUUAUUUCCUUUUCCAAGCUUUGUCUACUCUAGCGCCAUUGUGGAGGGAUUUGGAACUGUUAUUGACCGCUUAAAGCUUGACACUUUCGUGACGUUUGGAAUCUGGGACCAAUUAUUGCACUGGACGGAGUGAUAGCUUGAAAUGUUUACCAAUUGUUUAUUAUGUGCGUUUGUCAUGUCUUUAAUUUUUAUCGAAUAAUUUAAAAAAUCACUAAGUAUAAUGAAUAAUAAGUUACUUACGUAUGAAAUGAUAAUUCUGGGUCUUUUACACCUCCUUUUGUUGUUCUGGUUAAACAAAAUACAGCAACACAACUUAAUUUAAAUUUUUCAAUAAUUUUUUAAUGAAACCAAUGAAAUGUAUGAAUAUUUUACUUAUUUACGCACCAAAUUGAAAUUUUUUGACCGACUAGACCGACCCGGUCACCCAAGCGACGUUUUCAACUUAGAUAAGAGUGGCAACAACUGAUAGCUAACUAUCUCCGUCCAGUGUAAUAAUUGGCCCGAGUUUGUAAUAAAUAGUUGUCGAUUCUGCGUUAAAGUAUUAUUAAUAGCAAUUUUACAGUAUUAGAUAAUUUAUUCGUCUAUAUAGAGCCUCUUGCAGUUAGGCAACGCAUAACAACAGGCCAGGAUUAUUACUUUAGUGUGCAUGACAGCUACGAUACGUAAGUCACUUUGUUUUAUGUGCGUGCGUUGCUCAAAAGAGAGGCUAACAGUACUCCGCUAUUUUCUUCGACGUGUUCGCAGCUGUCACAAUCUAUCUACACGUAUAAAUUAUCUAAGAUUACAAUUUUAAUAUACAAAUGUUUUAGUGAAUUUUAGCUAAUGCUGUUUAGCCUUGUUGACGACAUAAUACAAAAGAAACAUCAAAUAUUUUUAAUUAUGAAUGCUUUUUCGAAUUAAUGUUGAAAUGAACAAACCUGUUUAGAUUAUAAAGCAAAAUGUUGUCUGUACCGAGUUUUUAUACUGUAUAUAUUGAAUUGUUAUGUCGGUGUGCUAGUGUUAGGAUGAUUACAAUAAAUAAUUUUUAUUA